AUGUCGGUGCAGGGCCAUUGCAAAAAUGCCCUCAGAGUUCCUCCACCACCUGCAAGCUCCACUUCACAUCUACCCGGCCCUCCCAAAGAAAAUGUGUGGCCCUUACCGAAAGCCUACAGUGCACAGGGCCUAAGUUCUUACGUUCAGAACUGGAUUCGGGCCAAUGUACCGAUGCCCGUCGAGCUGGAUCAAAACGGUGCCGAGGCCGAGGUCUUGGCAGUCAACACGCUCGCAGCGGUCGACACGCACGGUAUGUUGCUGCCCUCCUCCACCAGCAUCCUAUCCAUCCAAGCUCUCUUGGCCUAUUUCGUUGACACGCCUCGUCCCUGGACGUGA